AUGGGCAUCGUCUGUGGGCAGCUGCUGGGGAGUACCCGGCCGCCGGCGGGCAGCGAGGAAGAACUGGAGGAGCUGGCGACGCGCGCAGGACAGCCGAGGGUGGCGGGGGCGGUGGGGGCGGUGGGGGCGGAGGUGCGGCGGCUGCAGCGCGCCAGGUUGGCUCUUCACCGCUGCGCUCGCCUCUGCGGUCUCCACUUCGGACCCGCACUGCUGCUGGCCAUCCUGGGAGAUUUCGUCGAGAUGACUUGCUCUGCCUAUUGGCUUAUAAUACUGGCUCAAGAAACAGACAAGAGAGCGGAAAUACUGGUGAAGUUAUUUGCACUUACUAACGUCCUGUUACGCCAGCUGGUGGCCUGUUGGGUGUGUUCCUCGGCGGCUGACCGCGCCGACAGGGCUGGUCUGCUCCUGUCGAGGCUGCAGCCGCUCCUGCGUCCCGGGCCAGCAGUCGAUGUUCUGGGACUUCCAAUGGACAGACUACGAGUUUCCGCUAUGGGUUUUUGUGACAUCGACCUUCAUGUCUUCACAGCCACGGUUAGUGCGGCAAUCACUUAUCUCGUGAUACUUGUACAAUUCCAUAAGUGA